UUUAGGCCGUGACGUAGUGUGAGUGACAGAGGGCUCGGUCACCCCGUCGUGCUCGUCGCCGGACUGGUUCCAAAGUGAAAGUUCCGGGGGUAGAGACCCCGACGCUGCCCCGGGGCCGUGGCUGCCGCCGACCCGUCACCAUCCCGGGUUCCCGUGAACGUUGCUGUGGGAUUCUCGAUGACUGGGUAUAGUCGAGCGAUGAAGUGGCAAUAUCUUUUAGCGAUUCUCCUCCUGCUGGUCACCACGUCUCUUGGGGAGUUUAUCGUGGUCACUCCGAGCAAGCCUGUCGUGGCUGAGGUCGGCCAGGAUGCUGUGUUGGGUUGCCAGCUGGUUCCGGCCGAGGUCCCUGUGGAGAUGGAGGUGCGCUGGUUCCGGGAGGACUGGUCCAAGGUGGUGCACCUGUACCGGAAGGGGCAGGACAGUCCUGAGUCCCAGAUAGCACAGUACUCCGGGAGGACGGAGCUGUUCAAGGACUCCUUUCCCCAGGGGAACGUCUCCCUGCUGCUGAAGAAGGUGACCGUGCGCGAUGCGGGACGCUACAAGUGCUUCGUGGUCUCCAAGACACUGGACGAGGAGGGCUCUCUGCAGCUGCAAGUUGCCAGUAUGGGACAGCAGCCCACGAUGAAGAUGGUGGGCUACGAGGGCAACGGGAUCCUGGUGGGCUGCAUCUCGGAGAAGUGGUUCCCGCGGCCGCAAGUGAUGUGGCGGGACGCCGCGGGUCAGCGCAUCUCAGCACACAAGGAGUCGGAGGUAGCGGACGAUGCUGGGCUCCUGAGAGUGGAGAGUGUCAUCGCUGUGAGUCACGCCACGCCUGGCGUGUACUCCUGUGUCAUCCAAAACCAGCUUCUGGGCCGGGAGUACGAGGGUCGGCUGGAGAUACCAGAUGCCUUCUUCCCCAGGACGUCGGGCUGGCUGUGGGGUUUCCUGUUCAUCCUCUUGGUCCUCUUGGCUGUUAUUUGUGCAUUUGUCAUCUUCUGGAUGAGAAAACGUCACCGAGACCAGCUGAUGAAAGAAUUGUUUUUGCGGCCCACUUCUGUCGAGUACAAAGAAUUGAAGAGCCAGCUCGAACAAGAGAAGAUUGGGGCAGAGCAGGAGAAGAAGAACUUGCUGCAAGAGAUGGAAAAACAAAAGCUCGCUGCAAAAUCAGAGUACGAAGCGCUCCUCCACUCCAUAGAGUGGGAAAGGAUGUUACGAUGUGCAGUCACAGUUCGCCUGGACCCCGAGACCGCCAAUGGAAACCUGGAGGUGUAUGAGGAUGGGACGGCUGUCCGAGACGCGGGCGGCUGGCGCAACGUCACUGAGAAUGACAAGAGGUUUGAGCGGUACCCGUUCCUCCUGGGCGUUCAGGCCUUCGAGGCGGGUAAACACUACUGGGAGGUGUCGGUGGCCGAGUGCCCCAACUGGGACCUGGGGGUGGCUAGGAGUUCGGUAGAUCGCAAGGGCAGGGCCACCCUGUGUCCAAAAGAAGGCUACUGGUGCAUCAGCUUUAGCUGGGACCGGUAUGAAGUGAAGGACGUGAAAAACAAAGACUUGGACGUCAAGGAGAAGGUCACCCUCAUCGGUAUCUUCCUGAACUACGACGAGGGUAUCGUCUCCUUCCACGAUGCUGUCAGGAAACAGAAGCUGCACUCCUUCGCCACCACAUUCGCCGAGCCCAUCUACCCCUUCUUCUGUCCCUGGAGAUGCCCAGAGCCAUUGCGAAUCACCCCUGUCCAAUCAGAGGAAUGAACUUUCCGGAUCCCAUGGAUCAUGCUUUUCGUUUUUCAGUGGAUAACUGAGACAUGACGGGUCACUCUUGUGGCAGGGGUGAGGGGAUGUUGCAAUCUGUUCACCAGUCCCACCAGGGUGGGUUUAACCCUGUGCUACUUGGAAGAAGCAGCCAGCAGUGCUGACAGCCUUUGAUGGGCUGAGUGGCCUUUCUUGACUGUAAUUAGCUUUGCUAUUAGUGAUUAUGCUAGAAUGACCAAUCACCAUUUGCCUCUGAUGAGGGUCUCUCUGCAGUCCAGGUUUCUCUUUCCCUCGCACCCUCCCCCAUCUCAAAUCAGAUCAAAUGCAUUUAUUUAUCACAUGGACAUUGAAUUGUGCAGUCAGUGGGUACGAAAUGGAGUUUGGCACCAGACAGCACAGCCUCAAAAUAGAGGGACAUCCAUUUUGAGCGAGGAGGAAUUUCUUAACCCAGACCCGUGAAUCUGAAUUCAUGUAUCCCAUCCCAUCCCAUGGGGUACAGUCUAUGGCUCAGUAGGAGUGACGAGAUACAGUCUAUGUCCCAGUAGGGGUGAUGGGAUACAGUCUAUGUCCCAGUAGGGUUGACAGGACGCAGUCGACGUCCCAGAAGGGGGUGACGGGACACAUGAAUUAGAACCAUGAAUUAACCCAUGAAUCUGUGGAAUUCAUCGCGACAGACAGCUGGGUGUAUCUAAAGCUGAGUUUGGAGGGUUUGAUUGGGUUGGAAAUAGAUCAGCCAGGAUGGGCCGAAUGGCCUAACUCUGCUGUUACAACUGGUGGUUUUGUGGAAAGGCAUCUUCUAUGUUAAGAUUUCAGCGUCAACAUCACAUGGCCACGAUGCUUCACAGAACCACAUGGAAGACGACAAAACGGCAGAACGAGGAACAAAACGAUCUGUUCCCCACCCCACCCCCGGCACGGACCCCCACCUCCCUUGGACUCGCAGAUUCUCAGUUCAAGUUUACUAGAUAGUUGGCCUGCUGACCUGCGACCUUUCUGGCAGUUGAUCAAGGAACGUACAACAAACUGGAACCAUUUGUACAUAUUUUAUAAUUACCCUGUUUUAAUUGGUUCCGUUUUUAUAAGCAACAUGAAUCAUGGAAUAUCACGGGCGUCUAGCGUGAAGCAUGUCAAUAUGGCACUAAUUUAAAUAAUGUAUAAAUGCCAGUAUAUGCACAAAAUUGAUUUUGUACAUUUUAUAAAAAUAAAUACACAUUAAGUAUU